CAUUUCCGAUAAAUAGUACUAGACUAUCGAACAAUUUUUGUUCAUCGGGUACGAUGUUACAUUUAUUAUUAUUAUCUAGACAUAAGAGAAAUUAUUCGGGAAAAAUUAUUGAAUUAUAAAUCUUAUAGUAAGUGUUAGUUAAUAUUAAACCGAUAAUUAAUGAAUCCUCCACACAAAUUGAACAUGGAUCCCUCAUUGACCCCGGAGUCUGGCAGUAUGCAAACUCAGUAUGCCUCCUUUCAAAACUUUGAACAAUUUUCUGCUGCAGGAUUUACCAACACUCCAAUCUACAUCACUAAAUCUCCAGCAAUUGGAGCCAUAUCAAAAAUUAAUCCACAUUGUUCAGUAAUCGGUUCUCAGAACCAGAUUGAAACUAUAUCUCCAGACAUUGCAAUUCCUGGAAUUGAGAAUUCACUUACUCCAGCAGUAAGAUAUUUACAAACUUCCCAAUUCGAUGAAACGUCUGAUUAUGGUGUGGCUGGAAUAUCUUGUGCUAUUGAGCCUAACUAUACUGAUGAAUCAAUUGUACCAUACUGUUAUACUUCUGAAGCUAAUUUUCAAGGAAUUCCAAGUAUGCCCACGAAUUUAAAACCAUUUACUGCUAGGCCUUUUGAUAAUAAUCUUAAUGGCGCAGAAUCAGUUCUAGAUUCUCGAGCAUUCGACAAUACGAAAGAUUUUAAGAUACCUCAGUUCGACAUGACAUCCAUAAGUACUGUGCCUCCCAGAAUAGGAGAGAAGGAGUAUAUUGGAGGCUCGGAAAACGACAUUUGCUCAGCUAUGAGGUGGCGUGACCCUAACCUUUCGGAAGUAAUUAGUUUUUUAAGCAAUCCAAAUAACACUAUAAAGGCAAAUGCUGCAGCUUAUUUACAACAUUUAUGUUAUAUGGAUGACCCCAACAAGCAACGUACAAGAUCCUUGGGAGGGAUUCCCCCUUUAAUUCGGUUGCUAUCAUAUGAUUCUCCAGAAAUACAUAAAAAUGCUUGUGGUGCCCUUCGAAACUUGUCUUAUGGUAGGCAAAAUGAUGAAAACAAACGUGGAAUAAAAAAUGCUGGAGGAAUAGAAGCCUUGGUACACCUUUUAUGUCGGUCCCAAGAAACCGAAGUUAAAGAGUUGGUAACCGGAGUUUUAUGGAAUAUGUCUUCCUGUGAGGACUUAAAACGGUCAAUUAUUGAUGAAGCUCUUUCUGCUGUUGUCUGCAGCGUGGUAAAACCACAUUCCGGUUGGGAUCCUGUUUGUUGCGGAGACACCUGCUUCUCGACAGUUUUUCGGAAUGCAUCGGGAGUUUUGCGAAAUGUUAGUUCUGCUGGAGAACACGCAAGAGGAUGUCUGAGAAAUUGCGAACAUUUAGUGGAAUGUCUUCUUUACGUAGUACGAACAGCUAUAGAAAAAAAUAAUAUUGGAAAUAAAACAGUUGAAAACUGUGUUUGCAUACUACGCAAUUUAUCUUACCGAUGUCAAGAAGUUGAAGAUCCGAACUACGACAAACAUCCAUUUAUAACGCCAGAAAGAGUAUUACCAUCUUCAUCCAAAGGUGAAAAUUUAGGCUGUUUUGGAACAAGCAAAAAAAAAAAAGAUUUAGCACAUAAUGAUUCUGCUCAGGAGUCUAGUAUAUCUACAGAAUACUCUAGAACUUCAGUGACUUUAAACCAAAAAAAAGGGUACGAACAACUAUGGCAACCUGAAGUUGUUCAAUUUUAUUUAUCGUUAUUGCAAAGUUGUUCUAAUCCAGAAACGCUGGAGGCUGCAGCCGGUGCCCUUCAAAAUUUAUCAGCAUGUUAUUGGCAACCCAGUAUUGACAUACGCGCCACUGUUCGUAAAGAAAAAGGUCUGCCGAUACUCGUAGAGCUUCUGCGAAUGGAAGUGGAUCGUGUUGUUUGUGCGGUUGCCACUGCAUUGCGAAAUUUGGCUAUUGAUCAACGGAACAAAGAACUAAUUGGCAAAUAUGCAAUGCGUGAUUUAGUGCAGAAACUACCAUCGGGAAAUGUUCAACAUGACCAAAAUACAUCAGAUGACACAAUAACAGCUGUAUUAGCUACUAUUAAUGAGGUCAUUAAAAAAAAUCCAGAGUUUUCCCGUUCCCUUUUAGAUGCUGGUGGUAUUGACCGACUCAUGAAUAUAACGAGGAGAAAAGAAAAAUAUACUCCUUGUGUAAUAAAAUUCGGUAGUCAAGUGUUGUAUACCAUGUGGCAACAUAAUGAGCUGCGAGAUGUUUACAAAAAAAAUGGAUGGAAGGAAAGUGAUUUUAUCUGUAAAAGCUUUACCACUCAUAGUACUCCGCCGAAUUCGCCAAAUAAUGCAAACAAUACGUUGAAUAGGCCAAUGGCUUCACAAGGUCGAACGCGUUAUGAAGACAGAACUAUUCAACGAGCACAAAACGCACCAUAUAGGAGUAAAGAAAGUGGUGGAGGUGCUGUAAUGUCCAAUAAUGAGUCUGCUUUACUAUCAGAAAUGGUUAGAAAGCAAUUAUAAAAUUAAAAUUUGUUAAAUAUUAUAAAAGUAUUCUUAAAAAAAGUAUUUAAAUAUUAAAUUAAUAAAUCUUUUAAUUUUUACGUA